CGUAGCCGUCAUUAAUCUGAGUACGAAGAUUUUUAAAAAACUCGUCGCGACUACGAACUUUUUAAAAGCCAGAUGACAAACGCUCCAAGUAAACGUGAAAAUUUCAUAUAGAAGACUAUUCAAGAUGAACUUCUCCUUCGACAAGUGCUUUUGCUGGAACCAUUUCAGCAUCGUCAAGGUUCAAAGGAGAGAGGAGCCAUUUGACACAAAUUUCCACAAACUUGACUGAAAUGGGUAUGAAGACAAGUCAAAGGUCUGUGAGGGAGCGGUUUGAGAAGAUUGUUAAAGAAUUUAAGCAAAAAGAAUCAAUGGAAGAAAGAGCAAGUGGAAUAGAUGUGGAGUAUACUGAGAGGGAUAGAGCAAUGGUUGACAUAUUGGAACGAAUGAAUGAAUGUGAAAUGACCCCAGAAAUGAAAAAGGAAAAAGAAAACAAGGAAAAGGAAAGUGCUGAAGAGAUGAGAAGAAAAGCUAUCGAGAAGUUCGGGGAAACAAGAAGAAGGCGAAAUGAAGAGAAGGAAGAACUAGCUUCCCCAGAGAGAAAAAGAAGACGAAACUAUGAUGUGAUGGAACUAAUGAAGACCUCAAUUGAGACAAAGAAGAAAGAAAAAGAACAAGAAAGGGAAUUAAGAGAAAAAGAACUAAAUCUUAUGGAGACUCAAUUGAAACAGCAAGAGGAGUUGAUAAAGUCAAUGGUUACCCAACAACAGCAGUUUCAACAAAGCCAUCAAGUUGUAACUAUGUCCAUCUUACACACUUUGUCUGAAAUUACAAAGAAAUUAAAUAAUUAAGCACUAAAGAUUACAUGUUAAGUGUUACGUGUUGUUGUUUUAAAUUAAUAAAUUCUUUGUUAUUGAAUAAAUGUAAAAAUUACCUCAUGUUAUAUGAUAUUUAUAUCAUUAUAAUAUUUUUACAAUAAUAAUUUACAUAAAUGUUAAGAAAUAAUUAACAAGUAUUAUAUUUGUACAUAUAUUAUCAAUAUAUUUUGUACAUAUGUAUGUAUAAACAAGUCAAUUUCCAAUGUUAAUAAAUGUUGAAUUCCUAAA